ACUAAGAUAAACAUGUUUCCUGAACAAAUUCAGUUACAAUCAGAUGAUCAUCUGAUCUAGGUCAACCCCUGCACAGACAGAACAGGAGAGACGUAUAGACAAGACGACCUGAGAGACGAGUGCAUCUCGUGCCCACUGUUUUACUUGUAUGUCUCACUUCUCUGAAGCUCAUCAUGAAGCACACGACAGCUACAGAGGUCCCUGAUAACACCGAUUAUGACUACACAAUCAAUUCUGCUGAUUAUAACAAUAGCGAUGUGGAUGACAAAGAUGCUGCCCCCUGCAGUCUGUGGGAUACAUGGGACAUUCUUAGUCACUUUGCCCCCGUGGCUUACAUCCUAGUCUUUAUCUUGGCACUGGUGGGUAACAUCCUGGUUCUGUGUGUGAUCCGCCGUUAUCGCCAGUCUCGACAUAGUCCCUGCUCCUUCUCCCUGACAGACACCUUCCUGCUCCAUCUGGCCAUCUCUGACCUCCUACUGGCUAUAACUUUGCCAUUUUUUGCUGUCGAGUGGAUUCACGAGUGGGUCUUCGGUGUAUUCAUGUGUAAAAUAGCCGGAGCGUUGUUCUCACUGAACGUUUAUUGUGGGGUGCUUUUCCUGGCCUGCAUCAGCUUUGACCGAUACCUGGCUAUCGUACAUGCAAUCAAUAUCCGUUGGAGACGCAAGACCUGCCACGCACAGCUGGCCUGUGCCACCAUCUGGGUUGUCUGCCUAGGAUUGGCGAUGGUGGACGUGUACUACCGCAAUGUAGUGACUGUUUAUGGCAUAAAUCGGUUGAUUUGCCAUAUAGAUUUUUCUCAAGAGAACAGCCAGCAAUGGCAGAUCGGCAUGCAGCUGGUUAGUAUGAUUUUUGGCUUCAUACUUCCCUUACUGGUCAUGCUGUACUGCUACCUUCGCAUUUUCAAAGCACUCUGUCACGCCACACGUAGGCAGAAACGGCGCUCGAUGAGGCUCAUCAUCUCAUUGGUCAUUGUGUUUGUAAUCAGUUGGGCACCUUAUAAUGCCUUGCGGAUGACCGACAGCUUGCAGACGCUUGGGGUCAUUGUCAAAACCUGCGCGCUCAACAAGGUGCUAGAUGUGGGCAUUUUUGUGACAGAGAGCCUGGGGUUGGCGCAUUGCGCUUUAAAUCCACUACUCUACGGCCUUGUAGGGGUAAAGUUCCGUCGUGAGCUCACCCAGAUGUGCAAGGCUGCUUUAGGACCCCAGGGGUGCCUCGGAUUAGCAGGAUGGGUAAACAGUCGGGGAUCGACCCGCAGGCCAACUGGAUCAUUCAGCUCGAUGGAGAGUGAGAAUACCACCUACUUCUCCGUCAUGGCUUGAAAAGAGUGAACAAGAGUGCAGGAAUAGAAGUGAAGUGGUUGUUUUUAUCUGGAAUUGGGAAGAAACCACAAUUUCAUUUGGUGUAGUCUGAGAGAUACUGAAACUGUUUCAUGUUCUUUCUUUUUUUCCCUUCUUUUUCUUUUUCUUUUUUUAAGCAAGACAAUUUGUAAUGCAGUCUUAACAUCUAUUCUAUUCUGGAGGAGGAGACUUUGUCGUUAAUUUUCUGUUGUUAUUAUUAAAGAUAAUAAAAAUAAGUGCCUGCAUGAAUAUCCCAAAAUUAACCAAUUUAAAAUUUUGCUGCAUUUUAGCUACAGGCUCAUAUAGCUAUAUAUUCAUAUUUUAUAUAUUUAAUAUUUUCCAAACAUUACACGCUGAGACAGAAAAAAGAAAAGAAAAAUGCUGUAGAAAUGCAUUCUCAUCAACAAUCAUGCCUUUGUGGCAGCUGUAAUCAUGACAAUCAUCCGUUGAGUUGUCUAGGUCUGGUAUCACAAACAGGAACUGAAAACAGACUCCACAUCCACUUUCUUUACUUUUCUUUUUUUAUAGAUAUAGAUAUAAAUACUUGUCAUAAAUAAGGCUGUGACAUCAAAUUGAGUUUUGUUUAUCAUUUUAUUAAUCUGUUGUUUAAUCCUUUAAGCAGAAGAGAUUAUACAAUACAUCACAACAUCACAUACAGUACAUAAUAAAUAUGAAUAUGACAGAAAGCUUUCUCCUGAUGUAAUUUUUGUAAAACAUUCCUAUUGUUAUUUUUGUGAAUUUAAUGUUUCCACUUCUGAUAAACUGUAUUAUACAUUAAACUUUUAAUAUAGA